AUGAAAGAGAAUGCGGCGAACAAUUCCUUUACUGCAUAUACGAAAAAUACAGUCAUUAACUCCGAUUUUGGAAAUAUAACAAAUAAAGAGAAGGGGAAAGAGAAGAGGAAAGAAAAGGGGAAAGAGAAGGAAAAAGAGAAGAGGAAAGAAAAGGAGAAAGAGAAGAGGAAAGAAAAGGGGAAAGAGAAGAGGAAAGAAAAGGAGAAAGAGAAGGAGAAAGAGAAGGAGAAAGAGAAGGAGAAAGAGAAGGAGAAAGAGAAGGAGAAAGAGAAGGAGAAAGAGAAGGAGAAAGAGAAGGAGAAAGAGAAAGGAAACGAAAAGCAAAGGAACGAAAUGAAUUUAAUGAAAGUAUCAAAAGAAAUGAAUGAAACGAAAGUAGUGAAAGAAACGAAUGAAACGAAAGUAACGAAGGAAGAAGAAAAAUCAUUUCUAGAGUAUUCAUUAAGCGACGUUUCAAUUUCGACCGUGAGUAACAGCACAGGUAUUGACUCUGAUUUGUAUAAUAACGUAAUUAAGGAAAUUAAAAAAGAAAAAAGGAGAAAAAGAAGACUGAGGAAAAAGGAAAGAGAAAGGGAAAGGGAAAAGGAAGAGGAUAAGGAAACGGAAAAGGAAAGGGAUAAAGAAAAGGAUAAGGAAAGGGAUAAAGAAAGGGAUAAAGAAAGGGAUAAGAAAAACGAAAAGAAAAAUGAUAAGAAAAGCGAAAUAGAAAAGGACAUAGUAACAGACAAGGAGGAAGACAAUGAGGAGAAAAGAAGACCAAAGAAAGAUACAUCACAUGCACUUAGACUAAAAGAGGAAAAAAAAAAACAAAAAAAAAAGAGAAGAGUUUCAAAGGAAAGAAAUGAUAGUGAAAGAAGGCAUAAAAAAGAAAAAGACAGAAAAAAAAAUAAAAAACAUAAAAGGUCUAAAUCGAGGAAUAACUGCGUAUACAACGAAAAUAUACCAAAGGACCCAUUCAACCCUCUACUAUUAGCUUACGAAAAAAGGAAAAAGCAUAAAAAAAGGAAUGAGGAGGAAUCUGAUUUAAGUGGCAAAUGGAAGCAUGAUAGAUAUGAAACUACAUCUGAUGAAGAUGAAGCAGUAAAAACACAGAUGUGCGAUAACUCAUUUCCCAAAAUAGAUGUACAUGAAUUAAGGAAGAAUUUAUGGAAAUCAAAAGCUGGGGGUGUCUGUGUACCUCAGAUAAACCAAGAUAUGAAUGAGAGAAAAAAAGACAAAUUAUUCAAAUGA